AUGGCGAAGCUGCAGAAAUUCAAGAUCUUCGCAACACAAUGCGGUGCGGAAAAGAGUCCAACGUUAAGCCCAAGGACAAGCCCGCUGGUUCAGCUUCCGAGGCCCAAAACAACGCUGCGGAGUUUGCUUGGGCUGAGCCUGACUCGACCGCCGCGCCGACAGGGACACGUGGCGGUGUUGGAGAAGAAAGAGAAGGAUUCGAUGCGGAGACACUCGUUGAAGGAUCUGUUUGUGUCGUCGCCGCCGCGAGAGGAGGAAGCGGAAGAAGGUGCUGGUUCUCUGAUGUUGGGAAAGGGUCUUUUCCGGUCUGAUAGUUGGAGGGUUGGACCGGGUUUGAGUAACCCGGUUUUAACCGGUUUUCGUUGUAGGUCGUUGCUGAAAAGGAAGGCUUGGCGUCCUAUGCUGCUUACUAUUGCUGAACAGUGA